AGGCAGCUCCAGCCGGAUUCUUUCUUUCACUUCCUGCGCUGCGCAUCUGCUGCUGUCUUUUCGUGCGUGUUUUCCUUCCAUUUUCUCAGCCUUUAUUCGAUUGCAAUCAUUUGCAGCUGCCGCCCAUUUUUUUCCCUUUUCCAUAAUCUGCCAUCAUCAGCAAACGUGAGGUUUCAUUUCCCUCAUUGCUGUCUCCUCUUGCCAUAUUAGUUUUUCUUUUUAUUUUCUCGGCAUCUGCGUUGUUUUCCUUUUGCGUGUGGGUGUUCCCCGCUAGGCGUGUGCUUCCCAUGUGAAGCGCCCUUUGUUUGUCGCUGUCGUCAACGGUGUGUUUUCACGCCAGUAAGUCAAGAAAAUAAGGAAAAAGAGGGAAGAAGACGAUCACUUUUUGUGUUUCUAUUUUUUCUCGUGGGUACUCUCGUGUUUCACCCCCCCCCUCCCCUCCAUUGUGCCAUCGGGUGUCUUCUUCCUCUCCUCUUUUUGUGUUUUUUCUUUCCUUUUCCCCUGCUAGUGUGAUACGGAGCUGCUAAAUAAAAUCCCGCCCCGAUCUGCCAAACCGUGUUCGCAGGAGUUUGUGCCCUUUGUACUGCUAAUACUGCCCUUUCAUGAUUCCAUUUAAAAGAAAAGAAAAAACUCCCAGCAACGUAUAUAUUUGUGUACCUUCUCUUGGAUUGACUUGUGCUUGCCGGUUUUUUAUUUGUUUUUCUUCUCUCCUCCUCCCCCCCCCCCUCACGUGUUAUCUGCUUCGUAUCUUGGUCUUCUUCAUUAUUUUUUGUGUCGGAAGGUGCUACAGCGUUUCACUUCCGGUUUGUGGGCAGCGGCUUUAGUAUUUCUCUUUCUACCCCCCGGUGACGAGUUCACGUGGUGGUUUCUUUGGUGCUCCUGCGUGCCUGCACGCGAGCGAUAGCGUAUACAUAUCGCUGUUGCGUCUUCUAUCCUCCUGCUGCUUUUUUUUCUCUUUUCUUUAUUAUUAUUUUUCUGCUGAUUGUUGCAACGACGAAAUCAAAGUCAUGAGCGAUCAUUCAGUUCCUUCGCGGUCGCCGGAGCUUGGCGCUCGUGGAGAGGACGCGACUGCCACCAAUGCCGCCUCUGCCAGCCAUUCACCGCCCCCCACCACUCCCACACCGCUGGACGCGGUUUGGUUGGGUGUGUACGACCGAGUGAGCCACACCUGCUUCCGCGUCCAAAUUCAUGACCCACUGUUUCUCCAUAUCCUCAACAACAGCGUCGUGCCGGCUGCGGAGAGCGACGGCGCGCUACCGUUUGAGAUGUCUGAGUUCGUCGAAUACGUCGACGCCUACGAGCGCGAGAGGGCGCAUCAGCAAGCUGCCGCCACUGCGCGGCGCAACGGCACCGGCAGCAACGGAAGCUUUGGCUGGGCGAGCGGUGGCAUCUACUCCGCGAGCAGCGGGCUGGCGGGUAAAGGUGUGGGCAGCGAUGCGACAGCUGCGUCCGCUACCGAACAUGCUCCCGCACAUUCCAGUUCUCUCAACAGCGGCCUCCCUCUUUCCACGCUUGUGGCGGGUGCUGCUGCCGCCGCCUCACCGCUGAAACUGGAAGAUGCCCUCCGACAGACUCUCAGCGACAACUCCGACUUCUUUUUCCGUUUGGCGAGUGUGGCCUAUCAGCUGGAGCCGGAUCUGUACGGCGUGCGGUCGUACAAGGCCGCCCAAACGCUGUCGUCGGUGGCUGGCGGCACCGGUGCAGGGAUUCGCGGAGGCGACAACCCGGCCAACGUGAAGAGCGUCAGCCGUGAGGGAGUGGAUGCCGGCGGCGGUGCUGCUCGUGGUGGCAGUGUUGUCUCACCUGCCCCUCCUGCUUCUCCGAGACUUCUUUCUCCGUCUUCUGCCCUUGCGGCGGGCAGCCUCGUCUCGGCGGCGGCGAGUGGUGUGUCCUCCAUGUUCGCCAACACGCUCACCGCGCCUGCGGUACCCGCCCCCCACCAUCGCAACUACGCGGUGAACAAGGGCUACAGUGCGGCCUUCCACCUGUGCGCGCGGCUGUUUGCGUUAGUCUACCGCGAUCACUGCCAAGCCCUUGCAGAAAAGAUAUCGGCCCGCUUCUCUGCCCUGCGCGUGGAGGACUGCGUGAAGUACCGCAAGGCCGUGUGGACCGGGUUUCACCUGAAGGCCGUCGACCCGUAUCGGUCCGGUGCGCGCUCGGAGUCGAACUUGGAGCUGCGCUGGGUCAGUGAGAACAUCAAGGAUGACAAGCACCUCUUCCCAGACGGCGGCGUUGUGCCGUAUCCGCAGCAUCCGCGGCAGCAGCACUCACCGACGUCGAACAUGACACGCAUCGUGGACGCCACGCUGUCCUACGUCGCGAAUGCGCGCCGCCGCGUGCGGCCGGGCGGCGCCUCGAACAGCUCUACCGCCGGCACCACCGCCGGCAACCGGACGAAAAGAGACGCGACGGGCACCUCCACCGCGUCCCCCCACCGUGAGACCGCAGGCGAGGGUACCGCGGCGACGGAGAACGAGAUCCAAACCUUUGGUCUCACGAAGCUCUUGCACAACCCGAGCUGGCAGAAGGAUGAGGAGUCGUCGGACACGUGCCCGAGCUGCGGACGGGUCUUCUUCAGCGUCGGUCGCCCUCUCGGCGCGCGCGCCCACCACUGUCGCAGCUGCGGUGUCCGCCUCUGCAUUUUCUGCAUCACGAAGCGGGUCCACUACUCGUUUGCGAAGCUGACGAAGCCCGGCAGCGUUGACGAGGCGGAGGAGCGCUUCGUGUGCGACACGUGCUACCGUGAGUACGAAGCGACCCGACAGCUGCAUUACUUGGGGGCUCUCUUCGCGUUUGCCGGUCUGGGCUUCAGUGACUUGGUGCUGUGCCGCACUGUGAACGAGCAGUGGAGAGAGGCGGCGGAGCUGUGCAUCAGUGAGUAUCGAUUGCUGUUGCACAACUGUGACUCUGACAUGCACUCCGUCAUGACCCCUGUCGGUAUUCUGCUGCAGAACAGCUUGUUUCUGCUGCUGGGCGAUGGGCCGACCGCGUCAGUAUCCGUCGUGCACCACCCGGAAGCCGCGCUGCUGCUGCUGAAGUUCAUUGCGACAGAGAACUUGUGGAUGCAGGACGCUUCGUACUACUUCAUCACACGUCUCAGCAGCUCUAUCCUGAACCGCGCCGAUACGGUGCUCACCAAGCUGCCGAGCUCCUCCAGUGCGGCCAACGCGAGCAACGAAGACAAAAAGCGCGCGUUCCAUCUCCCCGUGGUGCCCACCCUCAGUCACUGGCACCUCUUCUGCACCGCCUUCUGCUCCCGCAUCAGUUCCAGCUUCUUCUUUGUCAAGUGUGCCGAGCUGCUCUGCGCGGCCCCGGUGCGGGUGUACGACGCCUACCUCGCCAGAGCGCUGGAGCGCAUGACGCGACUGUACCUCAGCACGACGCCGCUUUGGAGCCGUCUGGCCAGCGCCAAUCGCGCCACGGAGGUGGCCUUUCUGGGUUCGGAGAGGCAAGACGGGCCGCCGCCGCCGCUGCCAUCGUCGUCGUCGUCAUCGUUCACCCAGUCCGCCGCACCGCUGCCGCUGCCGACGCUUUCGGACGUGACGGAAGGCCAACUGGUGACAAUAUGGCUGUUGGACAUGCUCCACAAGGACGCUCUUGUACCAGCCCCCCGGCGUCGCUAUCAGCAGCUGCUGGAGCACGUCAUCCCCACCGUGGCCACCUCCAGCCUCUCCCUCGUCUUUAUCAUGCUCCUCUCGCUCAAGUCCACCUACAGCUACUACGGCUACGACGAGGAGCUGUUUGGCUUGUGGCGGUCGCGCAUUUUGGCCGAGGUGGACCGGGUGGACCCCGCGGCAAAGGAUCGCGUGGUGGCGACGCUGGACUUCUACGCGGCGCUGGAUCGCUUCUGUGCGCAGUCCUCGGCGGUGAAUCAAGUCUCGGUGGUGGAGUGGAUCGUGCGGUACUGCGCGCGUGGACGAGCCAUGACGGCCCCGAAGCCGACCGAGGGCGGUGCUGCGGCGACGACGCGAGCCGGCCAUCCAAACUAUGCAGACCUCCCCAAGCCGAUGCUGAACCCCUUCAAGCCGUACAUGGUCGUCCGCUCUAUUCGGCUCUCCGGAGUCCGGGUGGCGCUCAACGCGGCAACGAAGCCGAUAUGGCUCGCGUUUAGCACGUGGACGUGCGCGCAGCACAGCGCCUGUGAUGAGACGUGUCGCAACGACGAGGCCGCCGCAGCGAAGGCGACGGCAACGACACUGCCUUCAUCCGUCCCACCUGCUGCGACCUCCACACCUCCCCCGUCGACCGCCUUGGAGGCGCAAGCAGAAAACUCCAAUGCGACCCCAACGCCUCCGCCAAGUGCUUCUCCCAACACGGCUGCUGCUGCUGCUGCUGCUGCUGCGAGCGUUGCGCAGGAGUGCAUGUUUCUGUAUAAGCGCGAGAACGUGGAGCGUGAUCAGCUGAUGUGCAUUUCCUCGCGUCUGCUGCAGAUGCUGCUGGCGAGCGAGAUCGGCAACGCGGAGAUGCUCGACUACAGCGUUCUCCCGCUGUCGUGCGACUCGGGGCUGAUUGAGAAGGCUGCCGGCCGCGAGCUGUCGAGCCUGGAUAACAUGGACAUCACGAGCUACGUACUGCACCGAGGACAGCAAGGUUGCAUCAACUUCCUCGCCUCCGCAAAGCUGUUUCUGCUCCUCAACUACAUCUUCAGUAUCGGUGACCGCCACAAAGGCAACGUGCUUAUCGGCAGCAACGGCGCCCUGCUUCACAUUGACUUCCGCUUUAUCUUUUCCGAGAAGACCUUUGUUGAGAAGCUGGCUCGCACCACGGUGCGCAUCGACGACGCCUUCCUCGCUGCAGUGGAGCAGUGUCAGUUAAGACCCCGUGCCGCCGCCGCCGCCACGGCAGCAAAAGAACAAGCAGCUGCCGCUGGUACUGGUUCGCCUCUCUUUCCACGCACACGUGCCUUUCCGCCGGUGUCACCUCGGAAUGCAGAGAGCAACAAUGUCGCGAACACUACCCUCACCGCGACGGCCUCCACCGCCGCCGGCGCGGAGGCUCCACCGACGCCUGCGGAGCUGCGCGCCGACUUCUUCGCGUCGGCGGCGGAGUGGUUUGUGCAUGUGCGACCCUUCGCUGCCAUCUUCUACGAGCUGUGGCUCUACGCGGUGCAUCGGCACACAGUGCCCUACGACGAGAAGGAGCUGCUGGCGAUGCUGAACACCUUGUUUGACCGACACGCCUCGCAGAGUUCCAGCGCGAGUAAGUUCAGCACGACGAUGCGGGAGUCGGUGAACGUGUGCCGACUGAAGGACGUCACGCACUCGAGCGCGGAGGUGCUGCGCGGCUUCACGGAUCAGGUGUCGCGACGGGUGUCGGAGAGCGGUGCAGGCGCGGUGAAGAUGAUGGGUACCAUGUGGACGAGCUGGUGGACGCGGGGACCUUGA